UACUGGUCUCUGCAUUAGAUUUAUCAUAUUAAACUCGGGAUACAUGUGCUGCUCCUCAUAACGGAUAGCGAUAUCUCUGCAUCAUACUGUAUAACAAGUGAAAAAGGACGGCUAUUUGACCAAUGGCAUAUUGUUUUCCAUGACAUUCUGUUCUUGCAACGGAACUUUCUAUUAGAAUCUCUGUCUCCCUUCGAUUCCCUUAAUCAUGCUGAAAAUGAGCGUCCCGCGACCGAGUCGCUAUUCUUACGGUUACCAUGGUAACGCAUUGUCACUACUUGACUACCAAAACUGUUUUCAGUUCUUGAUUUAAUAUUAAGGCUCUCAAAGGAAACAUGGGGAUUUGGAGUCAAACAAAGCAGAUAUACAAAAUGUCUUUCUUACUAUCAGUGUUGAUAGGAUAUGCAUUAUCGGUCUGUAAUAACGGACGAUUAGAGGGCGAAAGUUUUUUGGAGCAUCAUAUAUCAAAAGGAGUGUUCAAGACAGUGACCACCACAGGACUGGCCGCCUGUCAGAGGGCCUGUAUGGAGAGGUCUAAAUGUAAAAGCGUUGGAUACAACAGGGAAACCCUGAGCUGUUCCCUUGGAAAGUUAAAUGACAACAAAUUAUUUACCGGGGACAGAGCUGAUGUUUAUUUCGAACCUGACUGGAACCAAACACUUCCGGAAAGCCUAGGACCUUGUAGAUCUCGCCUAUGCUCCAAGACCGAAACAUGCGUUGUGCUGUGGAGCGGGAAUCAUACUUGUAUCACGGAAUUGAGAUCUGUUGACUUGACGGUGUUAUUGGACUUUUCAAAGAAUACCAACGAAACGGAUUUCCAUGCUAUGAUAAGUUACGUUCAGCACCUCGUUGGUCAACUCCAUGACGUCAGAUUAGCUGCCGCAGUUUUCGGUGGUGUCACUAGCAUUAAAUUUCGACUGGACGCAUUCCUCAACAGCUCAGCGCAGAUUGAAGCACUUGAAGAAAUAAGCUUUUCCACCAUUACCGGAAACAAAAUAAAAAGGGCUCUUAAUAAAAUACAUGGAAAGAUCUAUAACGGUUCCAUUGGUGAUCGACCGGAAGUGCAGGACGUGAUCCUCAUAAUGUUUUAUCCGGACGACAUGUUCACAUCAAACUUGCAAGAGACUGUGACUGCAGUAAAAUCUGAUGGCAUUCAUAUUGUCACGGUUGGCAAAGCGCCAUCUGAUGACGGGUAUGCAAUUUUAAAUAUGACUGCAUCCGAGCCUUUGGAAGAAAACAUAUUGACUGUGUCGGAGUAUUCUGAUUUGUUAGGUAUGGAAUCUCAAAUAUUGAAAGCAAUAAAUCUUAGUCUUUAACAGUGUAAUAUUAUAUAUAAAGCAAAGACUGUAAUAGUCUAGUGAAAACCGGGGAGUUGGGAGACAUUUCAAUAGUCUUCUAGAGGGAACUUAUGAUAUAUCACUUUUUUUUUUCUUUUUUUUUUUACAAAUCAUGCACUUUUGUCAUCAUUGUCAAGAAGAUUGACCAUGCUGUUAUGCACAUGCUUCGAUUGUGGUUGGUUGUCCAUUUCCUGUUUUUAUAAUAAGCACGCACGACAAUUGCAGGAGGAAAAUUAAAUAGCAUUACUUUUCCCUGGAAGGAGAGGUGUAUUCCGGAUGUCUGGAUAUCCGUAUAUACAAGACGUUACAACAUCCAUCCUAUGCUCUUUGUAAUCAUUGUUCAAAAUUUGGCUAUAUAAAUUUACAAAGCUAAUGAAAAAGAAUGAAAGAUUAUUUAACUGAUUUUUUUUUUCACCCUUCGCUUACUUUUGUUUUGUUGGUUUGUUAUAUCCAUAGGCUAACUGAAUUAUUACUGUUCCUUAUUGAACUUAUUAACGUAUUACUACUCAAUUGUACAUCAAAUUUCCACCAUAAAUUGUAAUUGUUUUGUAUCUCCUCAAAGGCAAUAUUGCCUAUUGUAAAUAAAGACAUGUAUAUAAACAUUCGUUAUGUUCGUAUUUGGAAAAGAGCUACGACAAAAAUAUGACUUGUUAAAUCUAAAUUUAGGCUAAUAUU